GUCUGCUCAUCGUCGAUCGGAUCCCGUCGGCACCGUCGUCGACCGGGGCACCGCCUGCCCCGUCGAUCGGAUCCCGUCUGCACCGUCGUCGGCCUGUGUGCCGCCUGCCCGGUCAUCGGCUGGGACAUCGCCUACCCAUCGUCGAUUGGAUCCCGUCGGCACCGUCGUCGGCUGGGGCACCGCCUGCCCCGUCGAUCGGAUCCCGUCUGCACAUUGCCUGCUCACCGUCGAUUGGAUCCCGUCGGCACCGUCGUCGGCUGGGGCACCGCCUGCCCCGUCGAUCGGAUCCCGUCUACACGUCGUCUGCUCAUCGUCGAUCGGAUCCCGUCGGCACCGUCGUCGGCCGGGGCACCGCCUGCCCCGUCGAUCGGAUCCCGUCUGCACCGUCGUCGGCCUGUGUGCCGCCUGCCCGGUCAUCGGCUGGGACAUCGCCUGCCCAUCGUCGAUUGGAUCCCGUCGGCACCGUCGUCGGCCGGGGCACCGCCUGCCCCGUCGAUCGGAUCCCGUCUGCACCGUCGUCGGCCUGUCUGCCGCCUGCCCGGUCAUCGACUGGGACAUCGCCUGCCCAUCGUCGAUUGGAUUCCUACAUUGAUUCACCGCGUCUCUUGCGGCUACUACGGUGAGUCAGAACGAGAUGGCUGAGCCGGAGGAGCGUGUUGCUCAACUUGAGCUACAACUGCAGGAGGCACUCGGGCGCAUCAACGAACUGAGCGAACUGCUGGCAGAGCGAACGUCAGUCGCACCCACUCGGGAUACAUCUCGGUUACCAGCGGCAAGCCGAACUGAAGAGCAACUUGUUCAUGUCCCGGAAGCGACCCAUGCGGAGCAGCCCAUGCGGGAUCAGUCAAGACCUCCGGGGAGUCGGCCUGGUGAGGGAUCGUCUGGGGGAUUCCUUCUUCAGCAGACGUUCACCAUUCCGACUUUUGGUCUGGGUGGUACUACAAGUCUGAACCAGUACUUCCAACGAUUUGAAGAUCACUGCUCACGCACGUAUUCCGGAACUCUGGACGAAGCUCUUCCGCUUCUGCAGUCUCUCUUGGUCGGUGAAGUGGCCGAAGUGUUCUCGGCUUGCGGAGGGACCGAAACCACGUAUGCAAAACUGAAGGAACGUAUGCUACGUUGGGUGGCUGUCCAAACUGACCACACACAGCAGAGUACUCGAAUUCGUUUCGACAAUGCGAAACCAGGACCAGGAGAGGACCUUGCGCUCUUUGCCCUCCGACUGUCUUCUCUUUUCGAAGACGCCUUUCCUGGUGAGGACGUCCAAUCGUCUGAGCUUCUACGAGACCGACUUUUCCAGAGCCUGCCACCUGUUAUCCGGGAACAGCUGAAACUGGACAUCAGAUAUAACAGGGCUAUCCACGGCAAGACGCUGCUAUGGGAUCAUUACCUGACGAUUCUUCAGUGUAAGAAGCACACAGUAGCGGGAUUAGACUCCACGGUACUGGCCGCAAUGGAAGAACCGCCACGAGGAAGAGCACCUGAGAGACCGGGGAUGGCAGUGGAUCGAACUGCUCGCCGUUCUCAGAGGAACACGCAUGAUGAGUCCGGCACUCGGCGACGAAGUGAGAAGCAGCGGAAUGAAAGUGUUCAUAGAAGCCUUCAACGCGAAUCAAGGUCUGAACAAUCCAUGGCCAGAGGAAAAAGCAGUGACAGAUCGCGGGCGUUCUGCAGUUUCUGUGGCCGUCGUGGACAUGCUGAGGACAUCUGUCGACAGAAGCUUGGUCUGUGCUUUGCUUGUGGAAGCUCAGAUCAUCUAGUUCGAGACUGCGAAUCACGUUCAUUUACACGGAAUCCAGGCCGACGGGAGGGAGGUGCGGAAGGUUCACAGCUCCGUCAGAGCGGGUCCGCUUCACGCGCCCGGAGGCGACCUGGAGCUGGUGCUCGAUCGGAGACUCGUUCUGCAAGUGGCGACAGUUCUCGAUCACCAUCCCCCGUCCGUACAGUUCGAUCAGAUCGCCAGGGACACACAAGGCAAUCGGAAAACUAGUCGGUCACACAGGCGAACCAGGGCAGCCUGCUGUGACCGAAUACAGCCCUGACGGCGAACGUUUUCGUGAAGAAAGCAGCAUCAACGGAGCGGACGUGUCUGUUCUGUCGCCUGUUAGACGAUCGUCUUCCUUG